AUGGACCUGCAGCUCACAGGUGAUGAGUUCAGGGACUGCGUCCGGUCCGACAGAACCUACAACCUGUGGCUGGGCCUGGCGCUGGCCCUGCUGUCGGCCUUCCUGAUUGGUGGCAGCGUCAUCCUCAAGAAGAAAGCCCUCCUCCGAUUGGCCCGCGGCGGACACACCAGAGCAGGCGCCGGAGGCCACGGCUACCUGAAGGACUGGCUGUGGUGGGGAGGCCUGCUGACCAUGGCUGCUGGAGAAACCUGCAACUUCGCCGCCUACAUGUUUGCGCCGGCCACGCUGGUGACGCCGCUGGGCGCCCUGAGCGUCCUCAUCAGUGCGGUUCUGUCCUCCUACCUGCUGGGGGAGGCGCUGAACGUGGUGGGGAAGCUCGGCUGUCUGCUGAGCGUGCUCGGAAGCACUUUGCUGGUGAUCCAUGCCCCUCAGGAACAGGAAGUGACAUCACUGCGGGACAUGACCGACAAGCUGCUGGAGCCUGGCUUCCUGGUGUUCAUGUCGCUGGUGCUGCUGCUGUGUGCCGUCCUCAUCCUGUACUUCUGUCCUCGCUACGGUCCCUCCAACAUCCUGGUCUACGUGGGCGUCUGCUCGCUGCUCGGAGCGUUCACCGUGUCCUCGGUGAAAGGCCUCGCCAUCGCCAUCAGCACCGUGUCUCGUGACGUCUCCGUCCUCUCCAACCCUCUCACCUGGAUCCUGCUCGUCACCCUGGUCGUCUCCAUAGUAACGCAGGUGAACUACCUGAACAAGUCCCUGGACACCUUCAACACGCUGCUGGUGUAUCCCAUCUACUACGUGCUGUUCACCUCCGUGGUGCUGUCCACCUCCAUCAUCCUGUUCCAGGAGUGGAGCAGCAUGUCGGCCGUGGACGUGGUGGCCACGCUGGGCGCCUUCCUGGUCAUCGUGGUGGGCGUGGCCAUGCUGCACCUGUUCAGGGACCUGCAGGUCACCGUGCAGCAGCUGACCAAUCAGCUCGCUCAGCCGCUGGAGAGGGCGGGGCUUACCGAGGAGGUGCCGGCCAAUGGGAGAGGAGAAGGAGGGCGGAGCAGAAAGGAGGACAAACGUGGGCUGAUGGACAACGUGGUGAUCGAGAGUCUGCCUCCGAUGAGGGAGGACGGCCCCAGAGUGUUCAUCAUCAGCUGAUGGACGACAGACGGCUUCAUCAGGAGCACGACGGGCUCAAAACGAUGAAAAACGACUAGAAAAAGACAAAAAGAGUCAUUUUGCAGAAGCAAAAGCAUACACGAUGACCACAAAAAACACAAUACGAUGACAAAAAGGACGACGGCAACAUGACUACAGACCUAAACUUACAGCUGAAGGCACAAAAUGAUGACGAGAAGAUGCACAUUUACCCAAAGUGAUGAGAAGGACACACACCAUUAGUAUAAAGACACACAACAGAUUUAAAAUGACUCCAGAACGAUCAGAAAGUGCCACGAAAAAAUGAUGAAGACGCCCAGCAUCACACAAACGACACCACAGGAAGCAACGUGACGAGAAAAACAGAAAGUCGUCGUGACAAAAAGACAAAAACGACAACUAAGAUAAAAUAAAAACACACAAGCAGCCAUAAGGAGAUGCACACAGGUACACAACGCCAUGACGGAGGCCACUCCUGCCUCACCUGAGAGCCGCUGAAUAAGUCAUGAGUCAGCAGGUAGACUCACCUGUCCUCCGCUCAGGUGCGGCGCCUCCAGAGCGCUCCUCAAACUAAACAGAGUUUUUCACAGCAAACAGCAGCUCGUCUGUAUUUUCAUUAACAUGUGAACAUUUCUAGCAGCUUUUUAAAACUGUGUAUUUGCGCCCCCUGCUGGCUGCAGCUCGUCCAGUUCUGUCUGUUGUGGGGCCGUAACUACGACAACGACAGCUACGCAGCAGCAACAGCCAGCUCCCUAAAGAACCGCUCGCCUCGUCGCAUACUGACAACCAGCUUCAGAUUA